CUGUUGGAAGACAAAACUAGACGAAAUCAUGAAGGAUGAGGAGUGUAUUGAUAUGUCGAAUGAAAUUUCCGAGGAUACCACCACCGAACACAAUAGAACCUUAUCUGGCUCUUCCUUGUCAUCUUCUUCUCACCUUCGCCUGUCCAGCCUGUCCUCGGAUAAGACUUGUGUAGAAACACCUGAGCUUCUGGCUGGCUCAUUUCUCGAUGAACAGAAAGAAAUUCUCGCGGAACAAGAUACUUUAUUUUCAUCAACCGCGACCACUCCAAUACUCUGCUUGGAAAACAUCCAAUCCAACCCGGCACCUGCUUCACCCUCCUUACUUUCAACCACUUCAUCUCUCGAAUCCCAGAAAUCGUUCGAGCCCGAGGCGUUCCAAAGUUUUUGUGAAGAAAAAUCAAAACCCAAUUUUCCUCAAAUUCAAGAAGGUGGUAUAGCAUCGGUUGAGACUUUUGAGGUUCAGAUAGUUGCCACCAGUGACAUUUUUGAGUCCUUGUCAUCGGUCGGCCUUUGUGGUGUCGGUAAUUCGUCUGACAGAAAGUGUAUAGUUACUCCUAAGUCAAUCUAUGUACAAAGAUCCAGUUUUACGAUCGUUUCCCGUGCUGGCUUUGUUUUGUUCUUUUCAAUAAUUCUUCACUUUUCUUUGGAAAUGUUCCUUUUCAAAUCUUAGAUCAGUACAGUAGCAGUGAAACUUAUAAGUACUCAAUAAAAAAAUGUAAAUAGGUUAUUUAUUUUUACUUGGAAAUAUCAACAUAUUCGGUGCAUUUUAUAUCAU